ACAAAGACAAAUCUAUCUCUGUAAAAACAAGUAGUGGGCGUGAAAUUAAUUUAUUAAACACCUUUGUGAUUUCAAGUGACGAUUCUGAUUCUGAUAUUGAGAAAAUUGAAGAUUCAAAACCUAAAAAUACAUUAAAAAAG